CGUCACGCAGAACAACAAAGUUACGCGAUUGAUUUCGCAUUUUGAGGCAUUUUAUUCGUCGAUUUAUCCGUAUUUUCGGGGGUAAAAGGGGGGAAAUAUAGUUUUUUCCAAUUCUGAGUAGUAGAUAAACAUGUCUACGCCGGCCAGAAGACGUUUAAUGCGAGAUUUUAAAAGACUUCAAGAAGAUCCCCCAGCUGGUGUUAGUGGUGCUCCUACAGAAAGAAAUAUAAUGGUGUGGAAUGCUGUAAUUUUUGGACCUAAAGACACACCAUUUGAAGAUGGAACAUUUAGAUUGAAUUUUGAAUUCUCAGAAGAAUAUCCCAAUAAACCUCCAAUAGUUAAAUUUCAAUCGAAAAUGUAUCAUCCAAAUGUGUAUGCAGAUGGUAGCAUAUGUCUUGAUAUACUUCAGAAUCGUUGGAGUCCUACAUAUGACGUUUCUGCAGUAUUAACCUCUAUACAGUCUCUGCUUAGUGAUCCUAAUCCAAAUAGCCCAGCCAACAGCGAGGCGGCUAGACUAUUCAAAGAAAAUAAACGCGAAUAUGAGAAAAAAGUGAAUCAAAUUGUUUCGGAAAGCUGGGGUGACCCAAGUGAAGAUGGGGAUGAGGAGGAUUCUGACGACGGGGCAAAGUGAUCCUAGCCCGACUAGGACUCGCACCUAGGACAAUAUGUAUAGUUUAGUUGAUGACAACACAUAAACCGGUUUUCAAUGUACUUGUUUAUAAAGCGUGUAGACGUGAAGGAACAUACCGUUUAAAUGUGUUUUUCCAUUUUAUUUGAAAUGGGAAGUGAAUGUGGGAUUGUGAUACUUCACUGUCGUUGAACUGAUACGGCCUGUUGAGAGAAAAAGAUCGGUUUCCGAAGUUACAUCUCAAUUUCUAUUUCCUUGAGGUGGCCAUUUACCAUAACUGAAUGCUUUCAGAGGACUGUGCUCGAAUGGGCAAGUUUCCUUCAAAGGACGGAUCAUUGUAAAGACAUAAACUCUGGUAUAAAUGUCAAGUUAUUUUCAGCUUUCAAGCCAAGGCCUAUUUUAUGAAAAUAGUGGCAUUACUAAGCCUGGUCGUCUAAAAUAUGUUGAGUUAACUGUACCCACUAGUGCAAUAAGAGUGUGGUAUUUAAUCUCAUUGUAUUUCUUAUGAGCUUAGCUGUCAACUUCACAGUUACUGUCCCAAGUCCUUUACUCUUAUCCUUGGCCAUUUAAAGAAUCCUUCUGCAUUGUUUUAGGCUCUAAAACUCCAACUGCUGGUCUGAUUUCUACAAAACGUUCUGUCUUUAUCAACCAGUUCUUAAGAAAUGUUAAGAAUUGUUACCAGUAGUACAUGUAUGUGUAUGUUCCAGAUUUGAGCUGACCACAUUGGCAGAGGGGCCAGCCCUUCCCGGAAUACUUUGAACCUCCAUGUAAGGCUGCAGUUUUCCUAUGGUCUUUUUAUCUACAGUGCUCUCAGGUUUUUCGGAGAAAAUUGAAUGGAAUAUCCAUUAACCUCCCUACCUCCUGGGCUUAGCUGACACCUCUGGACUUUGAUGUAAAUGAAGCCUUUGUUGGUGCUUUCAAAUUUCAUAGCUUUAGACUUAGGACCUAUGAAUGGAACAAUCUUAGGCCUUUGCGCUGAAAACUCUCUGAUCCUCUGUGUGCUUGUGUUGCAUUUGAAUUCAUUAUCAUGUACUUAGGUUUAUUUCCUCUAUGAAAGGUUUGAUGUAAAGUGCCACCGUCCUCAAAGUUGCACUACCGCAUCAUGUUGAAUGCCUUGAUCUUUGUAGACAGUGCAUAAUCUGAGAUGUGUAGGUGUGCUUUUCGUUUUGACCUAACUUUAAACUGUCAACAUGGAGAUAUUCGCACUUGAACAUUGUAAAAAUAUAUCGCUGCGAAAAUGGUAAUCUAAUGACUAGUAAUGUUGAUUAGUGUUAAGGGAUUGUCAGAAUGCUUACUUAAAGUAUGCAAAGUUGCAAUUCUAUAAAAUCCCGAAAUAUAUAGGAGCUUAGGUCAUUAGGUGUGCUUAUUUGUAGGUCUUCUCCAAUUCAACAGAGUUGUUGUCUGUUGGCCUUGUACAAAGUACAUGAAAAAUAAAAUGUAUCGUGUGUGCUAAGUUUGAAGUUGCAAAUACAGGUUUGCUAUCUUGUUUUAUUCUUCAUGUAGUCAUCUCACUUGUCUGUUGAUAGGCCGUCUCUAAAACAUCGUCAUCAUUUGCAGCUUGGUGCAUUUUUUGCGGGGAUUUGUAUCAACGAUUAAAGGGGAGCUAUAGGCUGAAGCUAGGGGGUCGUGCACAGUUAAAUGGAGGUGAAUGGAUUGUGUUUGAUACUUCAUGGACACGAACUAGUACUAAUUUAGCUGAUGAAAGAUGGCGCAUGCUAUCUGAAACAUUAUAGUUGCAAGGUCUUUAAGUUUAACCAGUUGUCUGAUCACAACUACUGUACAGUGGAGCCUACCUAAGUAGUGGACGCCCCUCUAUAAAGGACAACCUCUCUAUUAAGGACACUAGUUUUGGUCCCAAAUAGGUUGUUUCCAUUCAAUUCGACCUCUCUAAUCAGGACACUUGUCUAUUAAGGACAGCAUUUGUCAGUUCGAGGGCGUUCUUAAUAGACAGGUUCUACAGUAUGUCUAUUCUGAUCUACCAGUACUAUGUUCAUACCAAACGCAUACAGUAAUAGUCGGCCUAUGUAUCCAGCUUAAAAGAUAAUCAGUCCAUGCAUAAAAAUCAUAUAAUCCAAGUUUUCUCUGGGCGCUGCAUGUGCAAGUAUGUAACACUGUCUUGUACAAGUAAUCGGUGAUAUCGGCAACAUGGGCGAACUUCCAUAGAGUAUGUACCAAUCUCUCUGCGAGUGCCCGUUCGUGUUCCAACCCUGAAAAGUCUGUUAAUGCCAACUCGGUACGGUCUGUAAAAAAUGUUGACUGCUGCUUCAUCAAGCCCGUUUGUUUGAAAAAUCUGGUCAAUGCCUUGUCAAUUUUUCUCCAGUUCUUCUGAUCUUGUUAAACUUGAAAAGCCAAGUCUUUGUGAAUAAGCAUUAUACCUGGAUACCUUUUUUUCAGACAUCCUUUGGACAAACCUUAACAAUUUUUCAGUUGUGACUUUGGCAGUGUAUCAGAAUUUCUUCAGAACUGAAGCCGCAGGCAUUGAUUAAAAUCGAGGACGAAUCACUUUGAGCAUUUGCCAAUGAUUUCUCAACUUAGUUUCACGAAACUAAAAUCGCCAAAUCUGCUUGUUUAAUUUCAGUCUCUGCUUGAUGAACCUAACCCAAACAGCCCUGCUAAUAGCCACGCAGCGCAACUUUAUCAGGAAAAUCGCCGGGAAUAUGAAAAGAAAGUACAGACCAUAGUGGAACAAAGUUGGCAGCUCAGUUGACAGACUUUAUCGGGUUUGAAACGCGGGAAACCAGCUGAUUAAGUCAAAGGGUUCUCCACGCAUUUUUUAGGGUGAUGGGUAGAUUUUUCAUUGCAUAACACAAGGACAGUACGCAGCACUUUUAACAACGGUCGAAUAAACGCUUUGCUAAAAAGUUUAUAUCUUUUCUGUACGUUUGAGUUGCAGCGUCAAAAUGCAUCAGGGGUCUUGUUAGAUUUUCAAGUAAAUUUUAGUACAGACCUUGUAUGUGCAGCCUACCCACUUUUAUAAAAUGCUGUGGAGGACACUGUUCACCAUUGUCGUACACGUACAUGUAACUGUUUAAUAUUGGAAUAAUCCUAAUUCGAACAUCCGCGCGACAGUUUUAAAUGUUGCUGGUGUAGAUUAUUUGUUUUGAAACUUUUUCCAUCAUAGCUCGGCGUUCGUGUUGUGAUCAUCACUCCUGUUAAUCGUAAUAAGCACUAAAACCCAGAUGUUUUUAAACUAGUUUUUUCGGUCAGGAUUUAGUAGGUAGUGGUCUAAAGUUGGUUUUGAUGCCAUUAUUUCUAUACCAGUAAAGUUAGUGUCUUUGGUGUAGAAAGGCUGAUGUGACAAUAAUUGAAAACUUACAAAGGGUUUGUUGGGCUAAUCAUCGAAAUCCGAACUGGCGGCCAUCUUGGUUUUCUUGGCGGCCAUCUUGUAGAAAAAUUGAUGUAGGAUGUACACCGAAAUGUACACUCUUGUUGAGUUUUCUACCAGGCAACCAUCCAGUGAAAUCGAUGAAGAAAAACCUGACUUACUGAAGUACUAGCAAGGAUUUACCAGGAAAGUCGUUAGGACAUUAUGUUUGACUUAAACAAUUAGCUGUUUUAUGGGUUCUUUAGACAUAUGACGGGAUUGUACAUGCAGUAUGUGAACACGUAGCAUCAUUUGAAAUAUUACGGUUGGAAUUGUCCUUUAAGUGUCCAGCUCAGUGUGGCUUAAGGGAUUGAUACCGAACUGUCGUUAUUGGAUGUUUAACCUAACACAGUAAGGAUGGAGCUAACCAGGGGGUGGAGCUAAAUAAGGUGAUACAUUCUCUCCUCGGUGGUCAAUUUAUGUUCUAUAUUGAAAAAAUGUACACAUGUAUGUCAGAAAAACGAAAAAUCAUUUUUGCUUUAGUCUUUGUAAUUGCCUCUUUUCCAUUUUGUAAUACUACAAGUUGUACGAGAGUUAAUUUGUACACCGGUAAUAUAUUGUCACGCUUUCUAUAGAUCUGUUCUUAUUGAUUAAAAGAGUGUGAGGAAAAAAGCCAAACUUUUUCCUGGCCAACAAAGUAAAAAAUGUGGGAACAAUCAUGGCCCAAAAAAGGUCAUCAGUUGAUGGAAUAAGUGUCAUUGUUCAGAGGAUUUAUAGUUGAAAGCUUAAUAAGAUCGUGAAGGUCCUUGGUCAUUGUGUCUAAAGCAAAGUCUUUGAAAGGUUGAGUUUGAGUCAUAAAUAUUGACACAGGACAGUUAACGAUGAGAGUGUCGAGGAACCUUGGUGUUGGUUGUCUCUGGUUGAAUUGGUGGGGGUGUAACAUUGAGAGAGAAAGAAAUAGUUUUCGUUGAUCGGUAAUGCGUGUGUAUUGGUAAGGUAAAAUGGUACAAUUAGUGAAUUAUACGGUAUAAUGGUACAAUUGUAGCCAAUACAGUCCAGAAAACAUAUGACAUUACUAUUGAUUGUACACCGAGGCAAUAAUUGUACCACAUACGUGUAGCAUCAAUAUUUUAACCCUCUGUUCAUUCAUAGUGUUUAAAAUGAGUGUUGAUGUUUAAUUGCAGUCAAAUGCAAAGCUCCAAGUCCCUUUCAGGGGAGCCUCAUAGUGUAAAGAUGCCUCUCCUUGUAGCCCUUUAGCACUGCAUUCUUGCAAUCCAAGAUAUCUGCUAUAAAUUGAGUGAUAUCCGAUUGUCUAUUGUACAAAGUGUAAUAAAUUAAUAAAAACGGA